GGAGAAGCAGACAUAAUACACGUUUAUAUUGUCUAGAGUAUAUCUGAUUACCUGUGCUCGUAUAUGGAGUGGCCUUAGGACAUUUUCUAUCAUUUAUGAACACGAAUCAAUAAAUGAAAUCUUGAUCGCGCCAGCCAUCACAUACUAUAGUUAUCGCCAUGAAUCUGACCUUCCGCCGAGUCACUUCCGAUGAUUUUGAUGACGUCAUCGCGAUUAGACGGGGUAUAUAUUACGGGCUGGACUAUUUGGCGGGAAGGUACCAUUCAAUGCUGAGAACACAUCAAGGCUAUGUUGCGAUGGACGGCGACAAAAUGGUCGGAUUUGCGUGUCUUACUUCCGUUGACGACGGAACCACAUCGCUGAUUCGUGCAGCACGUGUGCAUGAGGAUUACGAAGGGAAGGGAGUCUAUCGGGGUCUUACUGACUACAUCCGUCAAAUCGUUUCAACCAACCAAAAAUUAAAGCGGAGUGCAGUAGCAAUUCAUUUGGAUACUGAUGCUGACCGUCUGAUAAAGAAGGGUGCCGUUUUCAUAGGGAAACGGAACGUGCGAGUGUUUGUAGGAACCGCCACAUCUACUCUGUCGAAAAUCACCAGAAUCAUUGAAAACAAGCCACUGAAUCGAGAUGCCCUAUCCCGGAUAUUCACGUGCACAAAUCUGUGCUCAAAUUUAUUUCCGACAGAACGGAUUGUAUGUAACUGGGUUGCAUACAGAUUGGUGCCGUCUAAUUUAGAAUAUUUCUACUCAGACCAUCACAACGUGAUUGGCACCUCUGUGGAUCCGGAAGAUCUGUCCGGUCAACCACUUUUGUCUGUUGGCAUGUCAUUCAAAUGUGACAUAGGAGAUGAACUAUGCAUUGAUUUCCAUGGUAACAUAGGAGAGGGGUCAAAGUUAAAAGAACACGUGGAAAAACAUAUCAAAUUGUCAAUAGGUCAACAAGUUGAAUCUAUUAUUAUCAUGGUAACGUUUGAUGCUGUGAUGGACAAUAGUUUAUUGUACAAGACAAUGGGGAACUUAACAUUGGAGGAAAAAAACAUCGGCGUUAGCAUGAACAUGAUCGAAGAAAGCAUAUAAUACAUCAUUUUGAAAUGUGAAUUUUUUUGACCAACCAGAAAGCUGGCUGAUAUUUAUACCGACCUAAUUAUACUUAUCCAACCUGUCGUUACAAAAAAAAAAGAAGUUAAAAAAUAGUAAUAAUAGUAAAGGUUCAAGCGGGGAACCCUGUGGCAGACUUAUAAGUACAUUUGUCAUUUGUAAUAUUUUCUUGUCGACCUUUAUGUUACAAUAUGACUUCUGGAGGUAACUUGUUCACUUUUUUUUAUCUCCCCGCCAUAAAAUAUGGGGAAGUACAUGUGUUGCCCAUGUCCGUCCGUGUCCCAUUUCAAUGUAAACACCUAGUAAUUUCAUUCUUUAACAUAUUAUGGUCAAAUUUUAUGCAAAGGUCAUAUGGCAGCGGGAGCAUUUUCAAUAUUGUAAUUUCUUACAGAUAUGCAAAUGAUAUUGCAUUAUUUGGAUGCAAUCAAAACCGAAGUGGGUUUUCCUCCUCAAACAUUACAUAUUACAUGUACUUUAAUCAGACCGUAGGUAUCUUCUACUGUUUAUUGUAAUUAUCUUUUCGACAUUUUUGUCUUUCAAAUGAUAAAACCACCUGUAUAUUGUAAUGUGUUUUUAUGAAAUGGAUGGUUUAUUCUUUUCCACCCUUUGAUAUAUAUAUUGUCCAAUGUGGCCAGAUUAAAUCAUUUGAUGUUGGGUUUUUUUUCAAGAGUAUUCGUAAGCCCAUUCGCGCGAUAUAAUGCGGAUCAAGAAGAGCAAUGAAUAUAGGCUUACAGAUUGCUCCAUAAUUUUGAAAAAGUAAUGAUUUGAUUUACAUAAACAUGUCCCUUUAAUUGUGAAAACGAUGCCAAAGCCAAGGAUGAAAUGAACCGAGAAUGAAAUCUUGAAAACAUCUUUCCCUUUUAACAGAAUCUGUAUUGGUUUAAGUGGCAGGUUAUAUUUCAGUCGAUUAUUGUAUGAAUAUAUCCAUUAUCUACGAAUCGUCUAAAUAGAAAUAUUGUUCGCAUGUAAUGUAUUAAGACAUAUUGUCAGUGAAUGAUAGGGCACUUUAUUCAGUUUAAUAUUAUUGUACGUUCUAGUUUCAAUAAAGUUAUAACAUGAAUC